AUGAGUGCCACGCGCGGGAGCUGCAGGUCGGCCACCAUUGGGUCCGGUUCGGCGUCACCUACGCACGACUCCGUCACACGAGCCGCCACGCGCUGGCUGGCGGCCAUGAACGACUCAGACGCGUCCGAAAGCGAGUUUGAGGCGACCGUGACGCCCCAAGUGCAUAACAAGCUGCCGUCGAUCGCCAAAGCUCAAGAAAUUGCAAGUGCGAACCAAAGCGGGCAGUGGCAGGGCGGGCACAAGCGCCAAAUCCAGGAGACCAGCGAUGCACCGCCCCAAACGCCGAAGAAGCGAGCCAAGCGCAAGUUCCGGAAGUCCACGAUCGACAUUCGCAAGGAAGAGAUCGCGAACCUUUUGAAGGAGUUGGCAGGACUGCAUAGUCGUAUGGAGGAGCUGAACGCUCGAGCGAUGAAGCCUUGUACAAGAAGCGAAACCCCAACGGAGGUAGCCGUCGCCGAUAGGGUGCUUCGACGCGCGAUUCAGAAGCAGCAGCUCGAGGUGACGCAGUUCCAUGCGCUCAUGUCGGAGUACGCUCUCUUCAGUAUCCGCGUGGGCAGUCCAAUCCACAGCGAAAUCCGUCUGACGAAGGAUAGCGAGUCACGACGUGCUACGUUAGCAGCGAUGAAGAUGCACGCUCUGCAAAUGGGAGCUAAUUUUCUGAGAGAUCGCUGUCCUCGAAUCGAUCCCUGCAAACCUAUACGAGAGGAUCACGGCUACGAGGCGCCCAACGGCGAUUUCUACGCCACGUACUUCUCGAGAACGCAGUUCGAGAACAAUGUCAAGAAAGUGUUCGACAUCCUUCUCUGCUACUUCAGCAGCAUCGAAAUCUGCGUGUCGGAGAAGCUCGGCAACGUCACCAUCCGCGAGGACGACGACAACUUGGCCCCUGGGGUCACGCAAAAUCGCCUGAUAUCGACGACAAUGGGUGGACUGCGGAUGGAGUCGAACACCGUCUACUUCUCGCACUACGAGGAAGGCGGAAGCGAACCGGGUCAUGAACACGGCUACGGACUGUUCGUCGCUGACUUCGUUGACGAGGACGCCAGGAAUCCGUAUCACCCGCACGAGCGCAUCCGUCGAGACUUCAGCGCUGUUCUCGAACUCACUUCCUACCCGAUCCAGCAACGCAUGAUGACUCGCUGGGUGCACAGCAAGGUGCACCAUCCACAGUACGACAUUCCGCACUCCGGAUGGCACGAAAUGCGAGAGAACACGGAGCGAUGGAUCCAAACGCUGCACCAUACGAUGAUGGAAAGGUACUUCUCCAUGGUGUAA